GCCCGCGCUCGCGCCAUAGCGUCAUUGUCAUAUCUUGAAAAUUAGUACUACGGUGCAGUGAACCCCGUUGAAAAAUACUUAUUUUUCCUCAAAUAACAAUAAAACUUCCUCAGGUGGAGGAGCGUCGCGGAUGCUUAUUGGUGAAGUGCGUCGUAUAGUGCGCUUGGACUUAGAAGACAUGUCUACAUUGAGUGUGAGAGCCCCUGGCUUGACGGCCACAACCAUCCUGGACGCCAAGUCGCUACGUAUCCGUGGCCUGACGACGCUAGACGGCGUACGAAGGAACCUAUUUGGGUGUACAGAUAGAGAAGAAAACAGGAGGUUCGCUGAGCGAGAAUUGAAAAGGCAGUCCGAGCUGGAUAGUGAGAGAUGGGGCUUCGAUUUUGCAAAUGAGCAGCCACUACCGGGCCAACAGAGAUUUGCUUGGCAAUUGGUGCCGGCUACCAGCGUUCCAGCGGCUUUGAGACGGGCGUCGAUGACCAUCACCACACCAAACCCGAGUACGACGCCACAAGAGACCAAAAUGUCCAGUCCUGAACCUACCAAAACUCAAAAGAGAAUGACAGAUUUCCUGAAGCCACGCAAGCGGUUAUCGACCAGCGGGAAGAAGUCGCCGGCCCACUCGCACAAGCACGAGUGCGGCCACGGGGCCCACAUCCGCCCCCCGAAGGUGGCCCGGCUGAGCCAGGCCCACUUCAAGAGGUCUAGCUAGACCCUUCCACAGAAGACCCGACUAACUGCAGCUGAACCACGGUUGCCAGGGUUCAUGUAAAAUAUCUUAAUUUAUUUAAAUGUUUUUACUCUGUGAAAACGGAUUUAUUUUGUUAAGUAAUUUGUAAGAUGGUUUCAGGCCUUCGGCUCGAGGCUUUGGCCAGAGUCGCCUGGUCGCGAUGUGUGACAGUCGAAAUAAUUUGCAGAUUAUGACAUAAAUUUUGGAUCUUAUGGUACUAGUACAGUGAUUGUAAAUAAGUUUUGUGUGUUCUUCAGUGGAACAAUUCUAAAAACUGUCAAAUCAAGUCGAUCAAAUCAGUUCAAUAAUAUAAAAUUAAAAUUGGAAUUCAGAUAAUGUUUUAUUGUUUUGUAAUGAUUUCCUUGGAAUUUUUCUUCAUAGAAUUAUUAACAGCUUAGGCACUUUGAAAGUGUGACUUUUUAGAAAGGUUAUAAACACCUUCAUGCAACUGUUUAGUUACAAAUAAUUUCUGCGCAAAGUAAUUUAACGCAUCACAUAAACUUUGUAACCAGAGGCGCCAUUGUCGUGUCUGAAACUGCAAUAUUUAUAAUAUAUUACGACAUAAAUUUUAAGUUAUUAUGAUCUCCUUUCGUAUGUAAAUUAAGUUAUAUUAGACUUAGUGUAGAAGUAGUUACUUUGAAAAUGUUUAAGGUUUUAUCCGUGUUCUAAUAGCAGAAGGUACACAAAAAGAAAUGCCUUGAAAAUGUACUAAUUCUCGGCUGAAAUUAAAUUUUAGUUGAGUCGCCAGUGCUUUUUUGACGCGUUUCAACAGAUUCAAAGGAUAUUGAAUUUCUUUUGUCCCUUCCACUUUUUACAGCGAAAGGGACUUAAUAAACAGUUCCUUCUACACAAAAACUUAGUAUAAUGUAAGUAAAAUACAAAUACUCAAUCAUGAGCGAUUCCGUCAAACAACGGGUCAAUUUGCCAAUAUUAUUUCAUUAAGUACAAUUUUCAACAAGUCUUGAGUAUUUGUGUUUGAUUGAUCCUAAAACUCUUAGCAUAUUUGUUUUGUUGUUGUAUUUUAAUGGAUUAUAUCUCUAUGAAUAUUGA